AUGGUGGAUUAUUAUGAAGUUUUAGGAAUACAGAGAUAUGCGUCACCUGAGGACAUUAAAAAAGCUUAUCAUAAAGCGGCACUCAAAUGGCACCCUGAUAAAAAUCCAGAAAACAAAGAAGCAGCAGAGAGAAGAUUCAAAGAAGUAGCUGAGGCAUAUGAGGUAUUAUCAAAUGAUGAAAAACGGGACAUUUAUGAUAAAUAUGGCAAAGAAGGAUUAAAUGGUGGAUGUGGAAGUCAUUUUGAUGAAUUCAAGUAUGGCUUCACAUUUCAUAAGCCAGAUGAUGUCUUUAAGGAUAUUUUUGGUCAAAGGGAACCAUUUUCAUUUCACUUCUUUGAAGACUCACUUGAGGACCUUUUAAAUAGUCCAAGAAGCUCCUAUGGAAGCAGAAGCAGAGGUGCAGGAUCCUUUUUCUAUACCUCCAGUGAACAUCCAGUUUUUGGGCAAUUUUCUUCAUACGAUACAGGAUACACAUCAUGUGGUUCACUGAGGCAUGAAGGCCUUACGUCAUUCUCUUCCCUGGCAUUUAAUGAUAGUGGGAUGGGCAACUACGCACCUGACAAAAUUGUUAAUGACAGAAAUAUUAAUACAAAGCAAAUUAUUGAGAAUGAUCAAUAUAGAGAAGUUGAAGAUGAUGGAGAGUUGAAAUCCUUCCUUGUAAAUGGUAUGGCAGAUGAAGAGGGCUUUGCAGAAGAAUGCGGCUGGAGAAGACAGCCAUUCAACAAUUACUCACCAAAUUCCUACAGCCCCAAACAUGUAUCUCAAUAUACUUUUGUGGAGAAUGAUGAGCAAGGUAUACCUUGGGCCACCAGCAACUGGGAUCCCACUAUUUUCUCAGCAGGAUUCAAAGAAGGUGGUAAGAGGAAAAAAAAGAAGCACAAAGAGGUGCAGAAAAAGAAGUCAACGAAGAGGAAUCGCUAA